AUGGCUACCGCCAUGAGCGCAACACUACUUUCACCUCCACCGCAACGACACCCUCUGGGCAUUCUCAACGAAACUGCCUGCCCACUUGGACUUGCUUGGCAUUGUGAAGAUAGACGAACCUUAACCCACCAACGUGGUGGACCACCGGGAGAUAAUUUCACUCCUAGUUUUGCCGUCGUAAAGCGCAGCCAGAACGGCUACGUCAUCAGGGACGUGGACAAGAUCAGGAAUCUGAAUCGUGACAGACGACGUGGGGGUUUCGUUGCCGACCAACAGGAUACAGGCAAGCCGUGUACCCGCCACCACUACGUGAUCUAUUGGCACUAUCAGCUCAACGAUAGGCUCGAAACCGACGGCUGA